AUGUCUUCCUCGAUAAAUUCAGUCAAGUACGAGACUUCUAGAGACAGUUCUCCAGUCAGUAAUAUUCAAAUAGCAGGGGAUGGAGAUGAGUUCGUGAUCUUGGGGAACAAAAGAUACUACCGACACGAGCUCAUGAGAGCUUUCGGCGGGAACCUAAUGCCUGACAGAUAUGCCACUUAUCCAAAACAUCAGUUUGGAAAUGCUGCUGCUUUGGGGCUUGCUUCUUUUGCAUUGACAACCUUCGUAUUGGGACUUUACCUCGCAGGUGCCCAGGGCAUCACUAAACCCAACGUGGUGGUGGGGUUGUGCUUCUUCUAUGGAGGUUUUGUUGAAGCUUUUGCUGGAAUUUGGGAGCUUAUAAUUGGUAACUGUUUUGCAGGAACCGUCUUGGUCAGUUUUGGAAUGGGCUUCUGGCUUAGUUUUGGAGCCAUAAACGUCGAGGCCUUCGGUAUAGCUGCAGCUUAUGGCGACGACGUCGAACAACUCAAUGCUGGCAUUGGAAUUUAUUUAAUUGGAUGGGGAAUUUACUGUUUCAUGAUGCUUUUGUGUACACUUAAGUCCACAGUGGUGUUCAUGUCCUUGUUCUUGACGUUGGAUAUCGCUUUCUUCGUCUUGGCCGGUCACUAUUUCACCGGAAGUGCAAGCUGCUUGAAAGCAGGUGGUAUUCUUUGUGUUAUACUGGCCUGUUGUGGCUGGUACUGUGCAUUUGCUGGAGUGUCAAAUAAACAGAACUCCUACUUUAUCCCUAACGCAAUCCCACUUCCAUUGAUUGGUAAAAAGUGA